UCGCCGCUCCCACCUUCCGCCGCCACCCGGAGGGAAGCCAGAGCGACGGGGGUCACGGCGGCGGUCAGAGGGUAAAGGUCUUGCUCCCAGCAGCCUCCGCGGUGGAUACGUCGCCAUCUUGGAUCCGCGGGACAAGAAAAUUCAUGCGAGGGAGAAGUGGUGGGCGGUCCUUCCUGUGACACGACCCUUGAGUGACAGUUCUAUUUGAUUGCCUCCGGUACUGUGAGGAAAGGACACGACUCUAUGGUGAGGACUGAUGGACAUACAUUAUCUGAGAAAAGAAACUACCAGGUGACAAACAGCAUGUUUGGUGCUUCAAGAAAGAAGUUUGUAGAGGGGGUCGACAGUGACUACCAUGACGAAAACAUGUACUACAGCCAGUCUUCUAUGUUUCCACAUCGGUCAGAAAAAGAUAUGCUGGCAUCACCAUCUACAUCAGGUCAGCUGUCUCAGUUUGGGGCAAGUUUAUACGGGCAACAAAGUGCACUAGGCCUUCCAAUGAGGGGGAUGAGCAACAAUACCCCUCAGUUAAAUCGCAGCUUAUCACAAGGCACUCAGUUACCGAGCCACGUCACGCCAACAACAGGGGUACCAACAAUGUCACUUCACACGCCUCCAUCUCCAAGCAGGGGUAUUUUGCCUAUGAAUCCUAGGAAUAUGAUGAACCACUCCCAGGUUGGUCAGGGCAUUGGAAUUCCUAGCAGGACAAAUAGCAUGAGCAGUUCAGGGUUAGGUAGCCCCAACAGAAGCUCGCCAAGCAUAAUAUGUAUGCCAAAGCAGCAGCCUUCUCGACAGCCUUUUACUGUGAACAGUAUGUCUGGAUUUGGAAUGAACAGGAAUCAGGCAUUUGGAAUGAAUAACUCCUUAUCAAGUAACAUUUUUAAUGGAACAGACGGAAGUGAAAAUGUGACAGGAUUGGACCUUUCAGAUUUCCCAGCAUUAGCAGACCGAAACAGAAGGGAAGGAAGUGGUAACCCAACUCCAUUAAUAAACCCCUUGGCUGGAAGAGCUCCUUAUGUUGGAAUGGUAACAAAACCAGCAAAUGAACAAUCCCAGGACUUCUCAAUACACAAUGAAGAUUUUCCAGCAUUACCAGGCUCCAGUUAUAAAGAUCCAACAUCAAGUAAUGAUGACAGUAAAUCUAAUUUGAAUACAUCUGGCAAGACAACUUCAAGUACAGAUGGACCCAAAUUCCCUGGAGAUAAAAGUUCAACAACACAAAAUAAUAACCAGCAGAAAAAAGGGAUCCAGGUGUUACCUGAUGGUCGGGUUACUAACAUUCCUCAAGGGAUGGUGACGGACCAAUUUGGAAUGAUUGGCCUGUUAACAUUUAUCAGGGCAGCAGAGACAGACCCAGGAAUGGUACAUCUUGCAUUAGGAAGUGACUUAACAACAUUAGGCCUCAAUCUGAACUCUCCUGAAAAUCUCUACCCCAAAUUUGCAUCACCCUGGGCAUCUUCACCUUGUCGACCUCAAGACAUAGACUUCCAUGUUCCAUCUGAGUACUUAACGAACAUUCACAUUAGGGAUAAGCUGGCUGCGAUAAAACUUGGCCGAUAUGGUGAAGACCUUCUCUUCUAUCUCUAUUACAUGAAUGGAGGAGACGUAUUACAACUUUUAGCUGCAGUGGAGCUUUUUAACCGUGAUUGGAGAUACCACAAAGAAGAACGAGUAUGGAUUACCAGGGCACCAGGCAUGGAGCCAACAAUGAAAACCAAUACCUAUGAGAGGGGAACAUAUUACUUCUUUGACUGUCUUAACUGGAGGAAAGUAGCUAAGGAGUUCCAUCUGGAAUAUGACAAAUUAGAAGAACGGCCUCACCUGCCAUCCACCUUCAACUACAACCCUGCUCAGCAAGCCUUCUGAAAAAAAAAGACUUCCCUUUUCUUGGGGUAUGGCUGUCUCAGCACAAUACUCAACAUAACUGCAGAACUGAUGUGGCUCAGGCACCCUGGUUUUAAUUCCUUGAGGAUCUGGCAAUUGGCUUACGCAAAGGGUCACCAUUUGAGGUCCUGCCUUACUAAUUAUGUGCUGCCCAACAACUAAAUUUGUAAUUUGUUUUUCUCUAGUUUGAGCAGGGUCUGAAAUUUUUUCAUUUAUUUCCUUUUUUGCCAGCAGACAGACUUGAGUCUGUAAAGACAAGCAAAUACACUGACAGAAGUUUACCAUAGUUUCUAAAAUGUAAAAAAGAAAACCCACAAAAGACUCAACAAAAUUAGACCACAAAUUUUGCAUUGUUCAUUGUAGCACUAUUGGUAAUAAAAUAACAAAUGUUUGUGCAUUUUUAUGUGAGGAUCCUUCUCGUAUUUCAUUUGGAAAGAUGAGCAAGGUCUGCUUCCUUCAUUUUACUUCCCCUUCUGUUUUUGAAAGGCAGUUUCGCCAAGCUUAAUGCAAGAAUAUCUGACUGUUUAGAAGAAAGAUAUUGCCACAAUCUCUGGAUGGUUUUCCAGGGUUGUGUUAUUACUGAGCUUCAUCUUUCCAGAAUGAGCAAAACACUGUCCAGUCUUUGUUACGAUUUUGUAAUAAAUGUGUACAUUUUUUUUAAAUUUUUGGACAUCACAUGAAUAAAGGUAUGUAUGUACGAAUGUGUAUAUAUUAUAUAUAUGACAUCUAUUUUGGAAAAUGUUUGCCCUGCUGUACCUCAUUUUUAGGAGGUGUGCAUGGAUGCAAUAUAUGAAAAUGGGACAUUCUGGAACUGCUGGUCAGGGGACUUUGUCGCCCUGUGCACUAAAAGGGCCAGAUUUUCAGCAGCCAAGGACAUCCAUACCCAAGUGAAUGUGAUGGGACUUAAAGAAGUGAACUGAGACAAUUCACUCUGGCUGUUUGAACAGCAGCGUUUCAUAGGAAGAGAAAAAAAGAUCAAUCUUGUAUUUUCUGACCACAUAAAGGCUUCUUCUCUUUGUAAUAAAGUAGAAAAGCUCUCCUCA